CAUCUUUAUGAUGAUUCAGGAAAUCUCCAAGUCGACGCCGCAACGGACUAUUACGACGGGAAAUAUGGCCCCACCCGUUCUGUUAUCGCCUACGCGGAUUCCCCGUUGGGCAUGUUCUUCUACUAUCUGCCCAAGGAACUCUGGGUUCGUAUAGCUGAAGAGACAAAGCUCUACCGACUGCAGAAUAUCCCGGCAAUGACAAUCUCUCGCCGAGAGAAGUCGCUAGCCCGACAGGCAAAGGAUCCGCGCGUGAGUGUGCCUAACGUGGAGGAUAUUGAAGCAGACUUGAACAAGUUCAAGCCCAUUCAAGCGCAUGAGAUCGUGCGCGUCGUAGCGCUGCUCUUUGCUAGGGCUGUGGCGCCAAUUCAGGAUGGCCUAACUCACCACUGGUGUACUGAUGAGGAUGGGGCUAUUCCGCGCGGAACCUUCUCACGCUUCAUGAAACGCCGCCGCUUCGAAGACAUUAUGAAGUUCCUGCACUUCAACAACAAUGAGGACACCGGGGCCCACGCUGACAAGGCAUGGAAACUUGGACCGGUGCUGCAAGCAGUCGAGAAAACGUUUCGUCGUGGAUAUCGACUGGGGAAGGUCAUCUCGUUCGACGAAGGAAUGAUGCCGAAUCGCAGCAAGUUCAACCCCAUGCGCAUUUUCAUGCCGGACAAGCCCAGCAAGUACGGCACGAAGUUCUACAUGACGUGCUGUCCUGAAACCGCAUACUGUUGUAGGUGA